GUCAACAAGACAGGGGUGAUAUUUAUACAGGGACACACUAACCUGGAGCCAGAAGCUCUGUACCAACCCCACAACCCUGCUGAGCUGAAGCUCCUGCCUCUACAGGUUGGUACAGAUGGCAUUGUCUCAGCCCAGUUCCUUCUCAGCUACCGAGCUUCUCCUGGCCUCUGCCAUCUUCUGUCUGGUAUUCUGGGCAGUCAGGGCCUGGCGGCCUCGGGUCCCCAAAGGCCUGAAGAGUCCACCGGGGCCCUGGGGCUGGCCCCUGCUCGGGCACAUGCUGACCUUGGGGAAGAGCCCUCACCUGGUCCUGUCACAGCUGAGCCAGCGUUAUGGGGAUGUGAUGGAGAUCCGCAUUGGCCGCACGCCCGUGCUGGUGCUCAGCGGCCUGGACACCAUCCGGCAGGCCCUGGUGCGGCAGGGUGACGAUUUCAAGGGCCGGCCCGACUUCUACAGCUUCACCCUGAUCACUGAUGGCCAGAGCUUGACCUUCAACCCAGACUCUGGACCAGUGUGGGCUGCCCGCCGGCGCCUGGCCCAGAACGCCCUCAACACCUUCUCCAUCGCCUCAGACCCGACUUCCUCAUCCUCCUGUUACCUGGAGGAGCAUGUGAGCAAGGAGGCUGAGGUCCUGAUCACCAAAUUACAGAAGCUGAUGGUAGAGGCCGGGAGCUUCGACCCCUACAACCAGGUGGUGGUGUCAGUGGCCAAAGUCAUCGGUGCCAUGUGCUUUGGGCAGCACUUCCCCCAGAGCAGUGAGGAGAUGCUCAGCCUUGUGAAGAACAGCCACGAGUUCGUGGAGUCUGCCUCCUCUGCGAACCCCGUGGACUUCUUCCCCAUCCUGCGAUAUCUGCCCAACCCCACACUGCAGAGGUUCAAGGCCUUCAACCAGAGGUUUGUGCGGUUCCUGCAGAGAACAAUCCAGGAACAUCAUCGAGACUUUGACAAGUGCCAGCCGGGAUGGGGCAAGAUGCAGCCUGUGGGCCUGGGAGUGCUGGCGGCUCCUCAGCUUGUGAUCUCUCAGAACAGCGUCCAGGAUAUCACAGGUGCCCUGCUCCAGCACUGCGAGAAGGACUCCAGCGACAGUGGUCACCUCAUCCCCCAGAAGAAGAUUGUUAACCUUAUCAACGACAUCUUUGGGGCUGGAUUUGACCCAGUCACAACAGCCAUCUCCUGGAGCCUUAUGUACCUUGUGACAAAUCCUGAGAUACAGAGACAGAUCCAGGAGGAAUUGGACACAGUGAUUGGCAGGGAGCGGCGGCCCCGGCUCUCCGACAGACCCCAGCUGCCCUAUAUGGAGGCCUUUAUCCUGGAGACCUUCCGACACUCCUCCUUUGUCCCCUUCACCAUCCCCCACAGCACAACAAGGGACACAACACUGAAUGACUUCUACAUCCCCAAGGAGCGCUGUGUCUUUGUAAAUCAGUGGCAUGUCAAUCAUGACCAGAAGCUGUGGGAGGACCCAUUUGAGUUCCGGCCGGAGCGAUUCCUCACUGCUGAUGGCACUGCCAUCAACAAGACCUUGAGUGAGAAAGUGAUUCUCUUCGGCCUGGGCAAACGCCGGUGCAUAGGGGAGGUCCUGGCCAAGUUGGAGGUCUUCCUUUUCUUGGCCAUCUUGCUGCAGCAGCUGGAGUUCAGCGUGCCACCAGGCAUGAAAGUGGAUCUAACCCCCAUCUACGGGCUGACCAUGAAGCAUGCUCACUGUGCGCAUGUCCAGGCACGGCUACGUUUUUCUGUCAAGUGAAGAAGGCACCAGUGUGCUGAUGCAGAAGGAAGGAUGGGGGUCACCCAUGGGCCUCAGCCUUUUUUUCCUUUCUUUGUUUCUUUUAGGAAUGCCUUUAAUGAGAUAUAAUUCAUGCAGGAGAUGAGAAUU